AUGUUGGUGGAAAUCAGACGUAUGACCAAGGAAGAUAUUCCCGGCGCAAUUGAGUGUGUCCAGACGGGGUUUGCUGAUGACCCGUAUUUUCGCUGGGUGUUCGAUGCAUCAAAGAAUGCUCUUUUCUACGUAGCGAGAGAAGUCCCUUCGGCCUGCAGUACACCAGCUCAAAAGGAGCCAGCAGAGCCCCAUGAGCAAACAAGCCUUUUACAAGACAAGUCGUCCUCUUCGUCCCCCGCUCGUGUCGUCGGCGUUGCCAUGUGGCUAUUACCCCAGCCUCGAUCGAAACCGGACAGCUGGUUCACGUACUUCCAAACAUGGCUUCUGAGCUUCCGUCAACUCCUAACCAACAUCCGCUUCAUGGGCCAUGGAGGGCUGCUCGUACAUCGCUACAAGAUCUGGAAAGCUGCACAGGCAGAUAUCCAGAAGGAGCUCUGGACGGAUGAGAGGGGAUACUAUUUCUGCAACGUGGUUGCUGUCAGACCAGAAUUGCAUGGUAAGGGUAUUGGAAAACAGCUCGUCAACGUUGUGACUCAGCAGGCAGAUGAAGAAGGUAUGAAGUGCUACCUGGAGAGUUCCAAACAGGUCCCGAACAUCCAGAUAUACGAAAGGUUCGGCUUUGAGUUGAUCAGGGACUUGGUUUGUCAUGACAAUGGGGAGUCGUGUAAGCUAAACGGAUGCCGUCCAGUUAUAUUGCAUGACUCGAGAACCAAAAUCCCGGAGCUGAAGACGCAGAAGAACCGAGUGAAGACGGAAGCAGAGGAGUAG